CUUCUAGCUAAAUUCAUCCUGGUCGAACUCUGUUGGAUGCGUUGUUUCAAAAAAAUAAAAAAAUAAAUAAAUAAUAAAAAUACCGAAGAUCAUGGCAAAAUAUAGGGCGCUUUCUGAAAAUUUCCAAAAAUUUUGAAACGGAGCCGGACAAAUGCGACGGAAAUGUCCUGGAAAAGUUUCCAGAAAAUCUAGGAAUUGUCGAAUUUGUGAAAAGGGAGCCAUUUAACCGUGUGAUAUCAACAUGUUAACACUACUUGUAGAACUUAUCCAUCAAAUUAAAGACUACGAACUGGAAAGUGCUGGAAACUGUUGCCAGAUACGUUUACUAUAGUAUACCUCCUGAGGGUCUGUUGAAGAUUUAAUAGAGCGGUUUUAGUUAGAGAUGAACCAAUGGAUAUUUUAGGAAGGAAACCAGCGUUGAAAAUCCCAUUUCCGAGUUGCCUUUUGACUAUUAUUAUCCCCGUGUAAACCAUUCGUAUGAAAAUGUGUUCCCCCUUACAGGUUCAUUUUUAUGCAAAUCAAAUUCAUUUUUAUACGGAAAGUUUCGCUUAGAUACAGAGGCCCAAGGUAGUAAAAAUUAAGCCGAUUUCAUAGUGCCAAGGCCCCGCCGACUAACAGGGACAGGUGGCUCUGGGGAUGAGAAAAGCGUUGGGCUCCACGUGGCACGUCUAGCGUGACCGAAAAAAUAAAAGAAUCAACAUAAACACAAUUCCACGAAAUCGUAGAUUCCGAGAAUCGAAAGUUAAGUUUACGAUCUCUCUGUGACAGGGAAGAUGUCUUCAUCGCGUAACUGGGAGAAUCAAAUCAGUUCUCACAGCAGUGAAGGACUAAAGGAUGUCGAGAAACGCGUCAAGGACGUCGACAUUUCAAACCGCGAGGCGAAAAGAGUUCGCAAGGAGCAUGAAGCUCAUGAUGAGGCAGAAAAGAAUCAUUUCCCGAAAAUGGUGAAACUCAAUGUCGGCGGCCACCUAUUCUCGACCAGUCUGGCAACCCUGACUAAAGAUCCAGCUUCGAUGUUACACGCCAUGUUUUCAGGGAGAUUUGACACAAAACCAAGCGGGGAUGGAUCUUACUUCAUUGAUCGCGACGGAACUCACUUCCGGUAUAUCUUGAAUUAUCUUCGCACAGGGCAGCUUCUUGUGCCUAAAGACGAGAUAAUUCGUGUGGAGUUAUUGGCAGAGGCCGAAUUUUAUCAAAUUGAGGGAAUAGUUAAUGCGCUGAGAGCAAGUUUCUUUAAAUAUUCUGCGAUCUUGUCAUUAGAACAACGCCAAACAUUGGUGAACUGGUUGAAGGAGACCGGGCCCAUCACAAUCGCCAGCGAGAAAUUGUUAUAUUGUGCCUCGCGUGAUGGCUGGGGCAACUUUCACGCGUAUUGUGACAACAAGGGACCGACUGUGACGGUGAUCAAGAGUGGAAACUACAUAUUUGGAGGCUAUACCGAUAAUGACUGGGCUGGUAGGUUACUUGAGUACCAAGAGACAGGUGAUGGGCUCCUGCAAGAGAUUAUGAUCAUUAUCAUAUUCUCUUGUGAGUACUGAUUGUCAAAGGGAACUGUGCAAUGUAGCCUGCGUAGCAAGCGUUCCCGCACAAAGAGCCUUUCAGCAUUCUGACUGCGCGUAAAUUGGAGCGAGAGCGAAAAUUCGACGAAGCACCACCCGCUGCCAUUCUCGUCCCCAUAGCCCUUUUCGCUCCUCUUAGCCGGCAGGGCCUUGGCACGAGAAUCGAAGGGCUCUGGAGAAAUAGGAUUUUCGAAUUAACUCGAAUUUUUUUUGAUUGGCUGUUUGAAAACAAAGAAUUCUUGAACGGAAGUCAGAAUGUUCGAGCCGAUUGCUUGCGCGAAAAUAUGAAACAGCUGCGACCAGCGGUGUUGAGCGGUGUUUAAAAUGGAGGACAUGGAGGAUU